AUGUUCGAAGUAUACAAAGAACUUCCAUUUGACGAUCCUGACGGCGGAGUAUGGAAACAGGGCUGGCAAGUUACGUAUCCUAGCAACUAUUGGAACUCUACAAAUAUUUUGAAAAUUGUUGUUGUUCCGCAUUCACAUACGGACCCAGGUUGGUUGAUGACAUAUACAGAGUAUUAUAAGAAAUUUGUGAAGAGUAUUUUGGACAACAUGUUAGUGAAGCUAGAGCAGUACCCGGAAGGUCGCUUUAUUUACGCAGAAAUAUCAUUUUUCCAUUUGUGGUGGGAUGGUCUGACUGCGCAUGACAGAGGCAGAGUUAAACGGUUGUUGGAUGAAGGCCGUUUUGAGAUUGUCACAGGAGGAUGGGUGAUGAAUGACGAGGCAAACACGCAUUACUUUGCUAUGAUAGAUCAGCUGAUAGAAGGACAUCAGUGGCUUAAUCAAACACUUGGUGUGACGCCCUCUAUUGGUUGGGCAAUAGAUCCAUUCGGCCAUACACCUUCAAUGGCUUAUCUGCUACGUCAGUCAGGGUUCACUGGUAUGGUCAUGCAACGAGUGCAUUAUGCUGUGAAGAAAUAUCUGUCAAAGUCGAAACAAUUGGAAUUCAUGUGGAGGCAGGUAUGGGACAAUAAAGGCAGUACAGAUAUGUUAAGCCAUUUAAUGCCGUAUUACAACUAUGACAUCCCUCAUACAUGCGGGCCAGAUCCUUCAGUGUGUUGUGAGUUUGACUUUGCUCGUAAACCAGUUGGUAGACUACAAUGUCCGUGGAAAUAUUCAACGGUUCGAGCAAUUACGGAUGCAAACGUUAAGGAAAGAUCUAAUACUAUUGUUGACCAAUGGAAGAAAAAGGCGAUUUUAUAUAAAGGCAAUGUUGUUCUUGUUCCUCUUGGAGACGACUUUCGAUAUUCAACCGCAGCUGAAUGGGACCGCCAGUUUUCGAACUAUUUAAAGUUAUUUAGAUAUAUCAACAGUCAUGAAGAUUUAGGUGUAAAGGUACAAUUUGGUACAUUAUCAGAUUAUUUUCAAAUCAUACGGGAGGAGUUAACUCACGAACAAAAGAGUGAUAUGACAUCUGAAAAAGAUAGGAAGGGAUUGGAGUCACUGAGUGGCGAUUUCUUUACCUAUGCGGAUAGAGAAGAUCACUAUUGGAGUGGGUACUUCACAUCAAGACCGUUUCAGAAGAAUCUAGACAGAAAAAUGGAAAGCCAUUUAAGAGGUGCAGAAAUUCUGUUCACCUUGGCAUCUACGAAAGCAGGACGUGAACCAGGUACAAAGCUUCCAUUGCGGAGAUUGAUGAAGAAACUGAUUACAGCAAGGCGAAAUUUGGGCUUAUUUCAACAUCAUGAUGGCAUCACAGGAACAGCUAAAGACCAUGUUGUAAUCGAUUAUACAAACAGACUUAUGGAGUCGUUGGAAGAUAUGAAAGUUGUAAUGAGAGAAUCUGCCGUCUACUUGACAAUGGAUGAUAAACUGUUCUACAACUCUACCGUUCCACUGUAUGACUUGGAUGAAACAAUGGACAGACAAAAAAUCAUAUCGAAACCAACCGUGCUCAAUGUUGGCGAGGAAUAUAGCGAUCCAAGGCCUGUCAUGUUUUACAACUCCAUCGGAUUUGAGAGCAAGGCGACGGUGUCCAUUUUUGUAAACAGUCCACAUGUUUCAAUACGAGAUCAGGCCGGGCGGCACAUACAGUCUCAAACGGAGCCGUACUGGAUGGGAAAAUAUGACAUAUCAAGACAAAUCUACCAGAUUUCAUUUGAAGUGAGUGUCAGUGGUCUCGGGAUUGUUUUAUAUACAGUACAGCACGUUGCUUACAAUGAUAAAGAAAGAUCAACAUUUGUUUCUAUAGGAACAUCUGAUGAAAGAAUUCGACAGAACAAGGCAGGUCAUUUUUCAUUUCUGGAAGGCAGAAGUGAAGAGUACGUGUUGGAAAAUCUUCACAUGAAAGCAAUAUUUAAUGGCGAAACAGGUCUUUUACAGUCAGUUUUAACAAAAAGUGACGAUAUCUUGCACAAGACGGAAGUAGAAUUUAUGCAGUAUGGAACUAAAACCCACCAUGAUGUCAAAAGUGGAGCCUAUCUUUUCCUUCCAGAUGGGCCGGCCAAGUUAUUGGCUAAUGAGCAACAACCCAAAGUCUACAUUUUACGUGGGCCAGUUAGAUCACAGGUGCACGUACGCUCGGAAAACUUGAUACAUAUCGUGAGUCUUUAUAAUACAACAGGAAUAGAAAGCUGUUGUGUAGAUAUACAAAACGUUGUGGACAUUCGUGCAGAACAUAAUUUUGAGCUUGCGCUCAGGAUAACAACAGAUACAAAGAACAUUAACAGAACCUUCUAUACUGACCUUAAUGGAUUCCAGAUACAGAGGCGGAGAACAUACGACAAAUUACCAAUACAAGGAAAUGUUUAUCCUAUGGCAACCAUGGCUUUUAUACAAGACAAUCAUCACAGACAUUCCAUUUUGACCGCUAACUCUUUAGGAUUCUCAAGUCUUGAACAAGGAAUUAUGGAAGUGAUGCUGGAUAGACGGUUAAACCAAGACGACAACAGAGGUCUUUUCCAAGGUGUAACAGACAACAAAGCCACGUCCAGUAGGUUCAGACUUCUCAUUGAAAAUUGUGCAUCAAAACAGUGCGAUAGUGAGAAAAUAACGGCAUUUCCAUCCGGCAUGGCACAACAGGCUUCGCUUGACUUGAUACACCCGGUGUUUGUAAUGCCCGCCAGUUCAACAUACUUGGGAAAAUAUCCAAAACAGUCGAACGUGUCGCCACUUACGAAGAACUUACCAUGUGAUACACAUCUGCUGAAUUUGCGAACGAUGCAGCAAAAUUACGACGGUGAUGAAUAUGAUAAUGAAAAUCAGGAACAAAUAUCAAGCACAACAACAACUCUUAUACUACACAGAACUGGGCUAGACUGCACAUUUAAAAACCCCAGUGAAAAUUGUGAAUACAUUGGUGACAUGUUUAUAGGUUGGGAGAUGCCUCAGAUUCUUCCUCCACCCCGAAGGCCUGAACAGGUCGUCGCAUUGACUUGA